AUGAGUGAUAUGGAUUCUUCUGAACUGAACUCUGAGCUUUUCAACAGCCUUAUGAUAAGAUGUAGCUUUGCUGUGUUCACAACGCCCACUCGUAAUAAUUUAGACGGGUUAGCAACCGAACUUAAAGCUGAAGUUAUUCUCCACUUGGGUAAUCCUAUACCACUUGCUCGAUGCUCCCGUGCUUGGUACGCCACCGUAAACUCGCCUGUUACAAAAUCCAAGUGGCUAAUCAGCAGAUAUGGUGAAACUCAUGCAUUGUUUCAUGCAGUAAGAAUGGGCGAUCCAUUCAUUAAUGUUGAUGUCGUCGAGUGUCUAUUUGCUCAAAAAGCCCACCUCAGCCGAUACUUUAUUCAAAGAUUAAUACUUGGAUUUGGCAAAUAUGACAGUAGGCUUAUUGGCCUCAAGUUGGCGCACCCGCUCGACCCGGUUCGAAACAAGUCGAUCCAAAACAAAUUCCGGAACCCGUGGGCAAGCAAUCUUUCCUUUGAUGUUUUCUCCCGCAUUCUCAAAGAGGGCCAUGACAGAUUUGAUGGAAACGACACCCCAGUGCGCGGAAAUGACAUGGAAUUGUUUUAUUAUCUUUCAGCUGGUCCACUGGUUAUUAGCGAAGCAAGAAAAAAGCUGCAGGAUAACAUAAACGAAAUUGAAACCUUGAUUUGGAGGUACAAAUUUGCGCCACUACCUCCAAGGCCAAAUAUGCAAAUUGGGUUCAAGCCCUAUUCACAUAUAGAGUCAUCACGUAAUACUAAUUUUGAUGACUGUCCACCAUCUGAUGGGUAUGAGAACGUGAGACAACUAAAUGUCAUUGCACGAGCCAUACUUUUGUGUCCCGAAUUGGUUAAUGUCUGGAAGCAAAACGGGUGUCAUGAGAUA